AUGGUCGGCAACGCCCGCUACGUGCGGUACAUUGUGAUCGCAUUCUUUGUGAUCGCCAUUGUCUACUUCGUCUCCAACACAUCCGAAAAUGUCGCGUUGCGGACACCCGAGAUGCUCGGUCUGAGGCCCAGCAGCGGCUCCUCGUCCUCCAGCUCGUCCACCGACCCAUCGGGCCACACAAACUCCCACACUGAGUCUUCGUCAGAUAGCCAGAAGGCCAUCAAGGAGGGUUCUACCAGUGGUUCUACUGGCUCCGGCAGCUCGGGCAGCUCAGUAUUCGGCAGCACCACCAGCGGCGGCAGCGCCCUCGACUACCCCCUGGCCAUGUCCCCCAACGACCCCGGUUUCUACGCGCCCGUCGAUACCGCCCCCGGCCCUCGCAUGAACGCCACCUUUGUCACCCUGGCCCGUAACUCGGACGUCUGGGAAGUCGCUCGGUCGAUCCGUCAGGUGGAGGACCGCUUCAACAAGCGCUACCACUACGAUUGGGUCUUCCUCAACGACAAGCCGUUUGACGAGGAGUUCAAAAAGGUCACGACGUCCCUCAUCUCCGGCACCACCCACUACGGCCUGAUCCCGCCCGAGCACUGGUCGUUCCCCGAGUUCAUUGACCAGGACAAGGCCAAGAAGGUCCGCGAGGAUAUGGCCAAGAAGAAGAUUAUCUACGGCGACUCGGUCAGCUACCGCCACAUGUGCCGCUUCGAGUCUGGCUUCUUCUUCCAGCAGGAGCUGAUGCUCAACUACGACUACUACUGGCGCGUGGAGCCCAGCAUCGAGUACUUCUGCGACAUCCACUACGACCCCUUCCGCUACAUUCACGAGAACAACAAAAAGUACUCGUUUGUGCUGUCUCUGUACGAGUACGCCGAGACCAUCCCGACUCUGUGGGACAGCGUCAAGAAGUUCAUUAAGGAGCACCCCGAGCACAUCGCCGAGAACAACUCGAUGCGCUUCCUCAGCGACGACGACGGCGAGACCUACAACAAGUGCCACUUUUGGUCCAACUUUGAAAUUGGCAACCUGAACUGGCUGCGCUCCAAGGCCUACACCGACUUCUUCGAGUCGCUCGACCGCGAUGGCGGUUUCUUCUACGAGCGCUGGGGUGAUGCCCCUGUGCACUCCAUCGCCGCCGGACUACUGCUGCCGAAGGAGGAGAUCCACUUCUUCAACGACAUUGCCUACUACCACGUUCCCUUCACCCACUGCCCCACGGGCGAGGAGACGCGCCAGCAGCUGCGUUGUCACUGUAACCCUAAGAACAACUUUGACUGGAAGGGCUAUUCUUGCACGUCGAGAUUCUUCGACAUGAACAACAUGGAGAAGCCGGAUGGCUGGGAGAAGCAGAGCUAG